UCCUUCCCAACCUCGCGCUUUCUUCCCUUCCCCAUCGGAGACAUAGCCCAUUGUACCCACUCGGCUUUGUCCUUCACCCUCACCAUCACAAGCCCUACCGAACUUUCCACUUGCGCGCAUAUCGAUAUUGCAUCAUCAAUUGGACCCUUUGAACGUUGAGGCGUUGCAACAUUGAAGCUUAGUGCCAUUGUUUUGAUUUUGGAUAUCCACAUUCCUACCUACAUUGCUAUAACAACACCGCAACUGCCCCAUCCCAAACAAACACUCGCAUCACACCACAAUAUGGAGCGCACACCCUCGCCGCCCCGUCGCAUCCACACCCCGCCGGCGCCCCUGCAUGGAGACACCUACGAGCCGUUUUCACCGCGCCGAUCGAGCAGAGUGGCCGCCCAACGCGAUAUUCACUCUCACCAACAGGAGCGGUCCACCCCACGGACCAGGCGCGACAUCACACCAACGGCCUCGUCGUCUAAGCGGUCUGCUGCCCGCGCAAACGCUUCCUUCGCCCUGUCGCCGCCAUCCUCGCCUGUAACCUCACAACAACCGCGCUCCCCACGCUCGAUCCGUCGCGCGCCCUUGGACCUCAAUCCGCUCGACUCUGACUCCGACAACGCCGCACCAACUUCUUCUCGGCGUACUCUGUUCGCAAACAUGGCUCCGGGAAUGCUUCCUACUCCAGCCAAGACACCCCGCAAGCGUCGCGUUGAAGACGUCAGCUCCACCGCCCGCGUCUUGUUCCCUACCAAUCGCCCAUCCACCAUCGAAGAAGCCAUGCCGACGCCGCGCAAAGGCCGCAAGACAAAGAACCUCUACACCCUAGAGAGCUUUGCUGAGCAAAUGGACGAGACUACCGAGAAGAUUCCCAUCUUCACCGACUCCAAGGAACGGGUACCUACUCCCGGCGCUCAGACUGAAGAGAACCCGUUCAUCACCGUCAAGGGCAAGGGCAAGGCAAAGGCUACUCCUCAAAAGUCAAGGAAGCUGGUCGACCGAAAGACAGCUAAGAUGGAGGCUGCCGCCGACCGUGACGAAGGCAUGGUGUACAUCUUCCGAGGUCGCAAGGUCUUCCGCAAGUUCCACGACGACGCACCGUCCGGCGCCUCAGAUGCAGAGCAAGACGAUGAGCUCUCCGCUGAUGACAAGCAAGUGCGCCGCCAAAUUGGCGUUGAGGCACGCCGCCCGCUCACUCGUUCGUCUAUCAAGCCGAAACUUUUGUUCCAGGCCGAGAUCAAAGAACGCAACCGCGCGCAGGGCAUUGAGACUGAUGACGAGGAGGCCACCACCGAAGUCGACGAGGCAGUCGCAACCCCGAGCCGUAGGAAAGGAAAGAGCGUCGUGCCAACUCCAUCGUUGGCCACGACGCCGCCGCCUACGACUCGCAAGCUCAAGAAGGAGAUCUCAUUUGACUCUUGGUCGCGCGUCAAGUCAGCCCACAGCUCAAGCAGCUCAGUCAAGACAUCCAAGAAGCGCAGCGGUGAACCGCUCGAGCGCGAGGCAGCAGACAAGCGAGCUCGCAGUGAGCACUCAACCUCCUCCAUGUCAUUCGGCAGCAUCUAACGGUGCUCCAGCCCGUUCGUCUUGAAUGAGCAUCAGUGUCUUGAAGACAUCUUAGCUUGUCCUCUUCUGCAUCAGGUCCUUUGUGACUGAUUGUUUGCAUAGCGAGCGUUUGCUUUUUGUGUUCUUUGACAUCAAGGAACAGGAUCAGGAUACCCACGAUUACAUUAGCAUCACGAAAGGGUGCGCAUACUGACGGCCUUUAAUGUAUGUUUAGCAAUGGAAGGUAGUAAGACCUUCUUUGCUGCUCUGGCAUUGUAAUCGGUGUUCUUUUUUUCUGGCUAUAUAAAUAGCCCCAUGGUUAGUAAGUAGAUAGGGUACUUCAACUGCCGAUCAAGGUAUGCGGUAGUUUGGUGUUUGGGAGUUCUUUCUCAUUAGACACCAACACAGCAUGCAGCGGUUGCAGAUUGAAAUGAAUGUAAUGGGAGGAAAGGACAGGAACCAUAGUAUAGAUCAAGGAAAAUAUGAGUG